AUGGAAAAACCAAAGAAGACAUAUCAAAUUACAGAAACAAAUCUUUGGAUUCCUCAACGAGAUCGUGUAGAUGAUUUUAUUAAACAAGAAAUGAAAAAAGAUACAUUUUUUAUGCAACCUAAAAUUGAAGAUAUUUUUAAUACACUUAAUGUUCCGCCAUCAUUAACUGAUGAGAAUUGGAAACGAACAAAAGUAGUAAAAGAAUAUCUUAAUGGUCUUGGAUUAACUUAUGAAACAAAACUAGCUCCUCAUAUAUUUCGUUAUAGAAAACAAGAUGAACUUAAAGUUCUUGGUAUUCUUUCUGAGAAAAAAGCACCUGAAUAUCAACCAAUAGAAUCACUAUUAAUACAGUCAUCAACUAAUAUGUCAUAUGGAAUAUAUGAAGUAGAUAAACUAAAAAAAUUUAAAAUGAAAGGUAUUGAUGGGGGCUCUCUUGCCAAUAGAAGUGAAGAUGUAUUUAUUUCAAGAAGAUCUAUGAGAUAA